AUGAACCGGUUGGCGACGGUCGUCCUGCUUCUCGUUCUAAACUUUGCCCUGCAGUUUAAAAAUGUUCUCGCGGCUAGCACCUAUAAUCUUCCAAGUACACCCUUGCAGGAUGGACCUGCCUUGCUUGCUGGUCAGGCGUCAAACUCAACCGCACUCAAUGCCUUUGGAAUCUCGCCGGUAUCCAUCGCUGGUGAUGGGACAUACUACGUUGUUCUCCAGGCUGGUCAAAUAAGCUUCCGAGCUGCCCUUGAUACAGGUUCUGCCGACUUUUGGCUUACUUCCACAGAAUGUACUAACAGCACAUGUAUGUCUGUGCCAAGAUACCCUCUCACCUAUGCCAGUCCCACUUUCGUGUCCAUCAAUAAUAACGAGACUGCCUUCACUGUUAACUAUGCUGAUGGGACUGGUGCAUCCGGGUUCGUUGCCAGAGAAACUGUAGAAGUUGCAAACGUGACGGUUGCAAAUCAGGCAUUUGGCGUUGUAACAAGUUCUAAUAUUACGCUGGUCAGCGAGUCAGAAAUAUCAGCGAGGGCUGCAAGCGCCACGCCGUUUUUUUCGACCUUGGCUCAGCAAGGCAUACUGGACUAUCCGAUUUUUGGAUUGAGUCUUACGAGGAAUGCAACCGGAACGUUUACCCUCGGAGCCAUUGAUGUAUCUGUCGUGCAAAACGUUAGUCAGGUUGUAUGGAACGAGGUCGUAUCAUUCUCUCCGGUCGGUACACAGACCAAUACAUCCGGCUACUUCUAUUGGGCGAUUCGUAUGAGCAGUUUUGCGGUCAAUGGAACUCAAUAUACUCCUCAACCGACGUAUCCUGGCCCAAACGACAAUUCAUCGAUUGCUCUUUUGGACGUCGGCACUACAGGACUAUAUGGUCCAUAUCAAGAUGUCAGUUCCUUAUUUUCGUUUCCCAGUAGCCGCCUAGUUGACGAGAGUGGCCAAUGGGCCGUACCUUGCGACUCUUCAGCAAUCAUAUCCUUCAGCUUUGGGGACGGAGCUACGUUUGUGUUGGAACCUACCGAUUACAUUAUUGGCCCAGCUGAGGGGAACCCGGACCUCUGUUUGUCUUGGCCUAAAGCUGCACCUCCCAGUACCGAUGGAGUUGACUGGUUGUUAGGAACCCCGUUUUUGCGAACUGUCUACUCAAUAUGGAGUUAUGGAAUUGACUACCAGGAGCCCCCGAUGAUUGGGUUAUAUCCCUACAACAACGCCUCAGCACCUGUACAGCCUUUUUCAGUUGUCGAAUCCUCCCUUUCGUCCGAGUCUGCGACAGUUGCUACCACUCUACCCAAUUUCGUUCUCUCUACACCCACUUACACGACGCCGCCGUACGCAUUUAACACCUCAGUUCCAGCCGUCUAUGGCGAGAUUGUCCAAUCUGAGCUCGCGACGAGCACGUAUAGCCCCCUCAUAGGGACACUUGCCGUUAACGCCACCGCCCUCCCUCAGGUGACUGGUGCAUAUACACUAUUUGUUACGAAUUCGAACGGUGCAGUGGUGACAUCGACAUAUCACAUCUCACAACCGUUAGUAACUCUAGGCGUUCCCCCUGGGUGGAAUAGUGCUGCCUCUCGGAGCAUUUCGGGAGUAGGACUGGCUAUCCCGAUACUGAUCACUCUGGUUGCUGGCACAUGGAUCAUAUAAGGACUACUUUCAUACAAUAUAUCAUUUGUUUUGUGACUUCCUAGCUUUGUAUCAUACCAUUCACUGACUAUUUUGUUCAUUACAUCUUGUUGAACACAACAUACUACUUGUCAUCUUACCUCGAACUUUGUCCGUUGUAGAUCACACAUCAUUCUAUAGUGUCACAACAGAUACUGG